AUGAUGGCAUUUGCACCUCCGAAGAAUAUAGAAUGUCCUAAAAUGCAGAUAAAGAUGAGUACCUGGACACCCCUCAACCACCAGGUUUUGAAUAACCAGGUAUUUGAAGAAAGAAAAGCUCUGCUUGGAAAAUGGUUUGACAAAUGGACAGACUCUCAGCGGAGAAGAAUCCUCACAGGUCUGUUGGAACGCUGCUCGCUGUCACAACAAAAGUUCUGCUGUCGAAAGCUUCAGGAAAAAAUUCCAGCAGAAGCCCUGGACUUCACCACCAAGCUUCCUAGGGUGUUAUCCAUAUAUAUCUUUUCCUUCCUUGACCCCCGGAGCCUUUGUCGUUGUGCACAGGUGAGCUGGCACUGGAAGAACUUAGCUGAGCUGGACCAGCUCUGGAUGCUAAAAUGCUUACGGUUUAACUGGUACAUCAAUUUCUCUCCAACUCCCUUUGAGCAGGGGAUAUGGAAGAAGCACUAUAUUCUAAUGGUGAAAAAACUUCAUGUUACCAAGCCCAAGACACCUCCAAAAGAAACAUUUAUAGUUGCGGAUGUUCGGUCACUUUCAAGCAGUUCUCCAGAGCAGAAGCAGUGCCCUUCAUCGACCUUUCGUCCUUCCACCUCUUUAAGAAAGAAGAAUAACCUAGGGGAGAAAGAGCUGCCCCCUUGGAGGUCCUCUGAUAAGCAUCCAACUGAUAUCAUUCGGUUUAACUAUCUGGACAACUGCAACCCCCUCCAGCCAGGGCAAGGAAGAAAGAAAAGAAAUGAAAUGAUCCCAGAUUUUAGCCGACAGUCACAGGAUAAGAAAAAUAAAUUGCAGGACAGAGCUAGGCCAAGAAAAGCACAUUUCCUGAUGUCCCUGAGUUCCAGCUCCCCUCUGAAAGUUCCAGCAUGGUCCCCUCAAGCGUCAGGGGGAUCCCCAGCCCUCGAAGCAGCAACUAAGAUCCUCAUGCAGCACCUUCAGAGACACCCUGGGCUCCAGUCAUUCCUCAUCCAGGAUCAGAGCCACAGCUGA